AUGGACAGGCUUCCUGCUGAGAUCUUGCUGAGAAUCCUCAGUUAUCUACAACCGAAGCUUGGUCCACUCCUUCGAGUGAACAAGCAGUGGUUCUAUUGUGGCCUUUCGCUCGUAUGGCGGGAAGCAUUCUGGUCCGAUCUCUCUCGAAUUCCAAAAGAUCGACGAAUACUCUAUGCUACCGCAAUUAGGAGACUCUUUCUCUGGGAAACUGCCAGAGAGCAGGUAGAGGAGUUCAGCCAUUUCGCCUACCCUAGGCUGAAGCAUCUAAAUAUCGGUUCAGACCCUUCAGCCAAGGUAGACAUCGCUUGGCUCAAACGGUAUAUGCAUGCGGAGCUCCAGUCAAUUGAAUUUCUAGGGGAUUUUGAUCCGGAGUUACUGCUACAUCUUCAGACGAACUGUCGCCAACUAAGGAAAAUAUCAAUCACUGCGCCGGGUGCUCGUCUUACCCCAGAGAUCUUUCUGCGCUUCCUACAAAACACUCUUGUCACUGAGAUCUCAUUUGAGGGAAAUAACAUUGGACAUUUACUUGACCUCGAUACUCUCGGUCAUCUAGUCAGGCGCGAGAACUUGGAAGAGUUAUCUCUUGGUUGUACAAUUAAGAAGUUACCGAAGGAUAUCAAGACUUGGGAACAUGGCCGGUCGUUUCAAAAAUUGUGCGUUAAAGUCACGCAUGAUGUACUUCCAUCCUUUAUCUCCAAUUUCACCUCCCUGCACGAUCUCAAUUUGGACGUGGAAGGGGAACAAAGAUCAAAACCCACUAGCAUCGACUUCAACCACCUUUCAGCCCUAACCCAACUACGUCGUCUGAAUAUAUGUCUAAAUGGAGUGAAGGAUUUCGAUAAAGGGGACCUUCUAUUUAUCAAGGACCUAAAACACUUAAGAGAACUAGGACUCACAGGAACAAUUACAGUAGCCCUCACUGCAACCGAAUUCAAUGACCUUGAUUUCGAAGAAUUGGUUGCAACUCUGCCUAAUCUACGAGUGUUAACGUUCCACAUGUACCGAUUGUACCUGACGACACAAACCCUAGCAGCUCUAGGCCAAUUCUGUCCGUUACUCGAACGUUGCGAUUUGAUGGGAGGUUUUAAUAUGCUACAAUUGAGACUUUAUCAAACACCACUAUUCCCAAGGCUACAUUCUCUCUGUAUCAGAGAUUUCACCAGUCUAGUUAUUGAUCGUACCGGCAUGAAAGCACCCACGAAACUGGGAUUCGAGAGUCCCGAAGAUCACGUUAAGCAACUGGAAGAACACUUUCCAAAACUACAAGAUCUGACACUCACAUACGCGAAUGAUACGCGAUUUAGCCGCUUGGACGAGCACGAGUUCUCGAACAGCGUUCUAUAUAAAUGGAGGGCUAGACAAGAAGAGCGGGAAAGGUGCUUCCUGGAGAACUAUAGCUAG